UAAAGAACAGGAGUUUUGAAUUUAUAGACUCGUCUAUUUGGUAGGAUUGUGCACGGACUACUUCUGACUAGAUAUUUGAUAAAUUCAGGAGCUAGUCCAUUUUCAAAUAGAUAUUAUGAGUUUUUGAUAAGUAACAUUUCUAUCUAUCUCAUCGAAGUGGUGCUCUAUAUUGGGGAAGACAUACAACAUACAACUCAGACACAUGGUCAAUAGUUAAAUAUCAUUAUUACACUGGUUGGUUUUUUGUCGACUACAAAAGCACGUUCUCAUGACUUCUGAUUUUUUUGGUUCUGUUGGAUUUGAGAACAUUACAAUGUACGUGGGUGAGGGAAUUCGACCGGAUGACCUCUUAUAAGAUUGAUUUAAUUGUUGGGCCAUGCCCCACGUUGGAACUUUUGUUACAUUUAAUGUUGGUACGAGGUUUAACAAAUGUACUCAAAGCUCUUUUAUGGGAUCAUUGAUCUAAGGAAUUUAUGAACCAUCGUGGGGCCAAGGUUGGACUAGUGGUCACAUGGGCAAAAUAAGAUGGAAUGAGUUCAAUCUAUGGUGGCCACCUACCUAGGAUUUAAUAUCCUAUGAGUUUUCAUGUCAACCAAAUGUAGUUAGGUAGACAAUUGUUCGGUGAAAUUUGUCGAGGUGCACACAAACUAACUCGGACACAAAAAAAAAAAGAUCCAAGGAAUUUAUAAUUACAGAGGAAGGAUGGAUUUGGAGUCAGGCUCAGGGGGGUCUGUUUCUGCUACAGCCAUCGAUUCCUCGAACAUAGGGUUUCAGCUUUUGAAGAAGCAUGGUUGGAGGGAAGGAACAGGCCUUGGAAUUUCCGAGCAGGGUAGGUUGGAACCUGUACAGACAUCUGUAAAGAAUAAUAAACGUGGCCUGGGAGCAGAUAAAGUGAAGAAGAAGCUUAAAGAAACUACUGAUAUUGCAGCCUCUGAUACGAAAAACCAGGAACGUCCUCCGUCGAAGAAAGCGAAGGCGAUGUCGAAAAAGAUGAGGAAGAUGCUCGAGGAAGAAAGGCUAUUUCGAGAGAAGGAAUUCGAGAGGGCAUUUUUCAGGGAAUUUUGGCCAGAUAAUGUGUGAUGUUAUACAUGAACUAGCACUUCCCAAAUCAUCAUGUAAGCAAAUUCAAUUUCUUUGCCAAAAAUCUUGUUUUAAUUAGGGUUUAUAGCAAGUUAGCAUUCACCAUGUAGUCUGUAGUUUGUAAAUGUUUAUGAUUAUUGAAUUUAAUUUUAUAAUUAUCAUAA